AUGAUGGUCUCUGCAUAUAACAUUCGGCAUCUAUUGGUGCAUUUCCUGACAUUCUGCUAUUACGCACAGGUAACCAAUCAGUCCCCGCCUAAUUUCACGCAGCACGUGAGCGAGCAGAGCCGGGUGACGGACCGCGUGAGCCGCAGACUCAUUCGCAUGUACCAGCUCUACAGCCGCACCAGCGGCAAGCACGUGCAGGUCCUGCCCAACAAGAAGAUCAACGCGAUGGCCGAGGACGGGGACGUGCACGCAAAACUCAUAGUGGAGACUGACACAUUUGGCAGCAGAGUUCGAAUCAAAGGAGCAGAAACGGGCUUCUACAUCUGCAUGAACAAGAAGGGAAAACUUAUUGGAAAGAAAAAUGGCCAGGGUCGCGACUGCAUCUUCACUGAGAUAGUUCUGGAGAACAACUAUACUGCCCUGAGGAAUGCACGCUACGAAAGCUGGUAUAUGGCCUUCACUCGGAGGGGUCGACCCCGCAAAGGCUCUCGGACAAGGCAACACCAACGAGAAGUCCACUUCAUGAAGAGACUCCCCAAAGGCCAUCAACACCCGCAGCCUGUUCACCACCGACCAUUUGACUUCAUCCACUACCCCUUCAACACCAGGACUAAACGCACAAGAUACUCUUCCGAGCGCUGA